CCAAAUCUCUCGUUUCCUCUCCUUAUACGUGAAAAUGACAGCAAUGUCUUCUUACAUGAUCGAGAACCCUAAGUUCGAGCCUUACAAGCCAAAGAAACGACGUUGUUACUACUCUUUUUCGUUGCUUUCCAUCUUCUUAUCGAUCUUCACCUACAUUUUGAUCUUUUACGUUUUCGAAUUAUCUCCAUCCUCUAUCUUCAAAGACACGAAGGUCUUGUUCUUCAUCUCCAACACUCUUAUCCUCAUAAUAGCCGCUGAUUAUGGCGCCUUCACUCAUAAAGAGAGUCAAGACUUUUACAGUGAAUAUACAACCGCAGCGGCAACGAUGAGAAGUCGUGUAGAUAACUAUUCUCAUAUUCCCGUCUUAACAUACCAAGAAAAGUACACUAGACAUGAAGAAAUCAAGAACUCUAAAGAUGUCGAGACCAAGAACCCUAAAGAAGAAGAAGAAGAAGCACCACCGGUGGUGAAAGAGAUCGUUUGCGUUUCUCCUCCCGAGAAAAUAGUACGAGUGGUGAACGAGGAGAAACCAAGACACGAUGUCGCUAUCGAGAAAUAUAAACCGAUUACUGAUCAAACUGUUGUUAGCCUAGAAGUUUGCGACGCAAGAAAGCAUGUGAACCCUAAACUGUACGGGAGAAGUAAAUCAGAUAAGCCACGGAGAAAGAGGCUCAGCGAAGGUAUAGAGACCAAACGUAAAAGCUAUGGUCGAAGGAAGUCGGAUAGCUCGACAUGGAUGGUAGUUCCAGAGAAGUGGGAGAAUGUUAAAGAAGAAUCUGAAGAGUUUUCAAAGAUGUCGAACGAAGAGUUGAACAAACGAGUCGAAGACUUCAUCCAACGGUUCAAUAAACAGAUCAGAUCACAAUCACGAGUUUCAGCUACAUAA